GCAGCAAUGGAGAACGAAGCAGAUGACAGCCAGCCAAACAUCUUUCCCUUUGAGAUCAAAGAGGAACCCACCGACGACUCCGCACUCGACCUGCAAGAAGAUAUGACCGGGUCAGCGGGGAGCAGCCGUAUGCCUUUCGAGGUCGUCAAAGAAGAGCCCGGUGAUGGAGACGGUGAUCUGAUGGUUAUCGACUCGCCGGUAAAGGAGCAGGCCUCCUCACCGACAAGCACACGCACGUCUGGUAGACUGAGGCGCAAGAGCAGUCUGGAAUCUGGAGCAUCGCCUGAGCAGCGUAAGGAACUCAAGAGAGGUCUGCGAAAGAAAUCGGCUUUCAUGAAGAGCGAUACUGCGGAAGAGGCCGCGAGCAGUAUGCCGAUGGAAGGAGUGGAACCAGCAUCAGCACAAGAAGCAGACGACUCAGACGAUCCGAUAGUUCAAACAGUACCUGUAUUUCUGUCUUCACAACUCUCGGAGCAUCUUCACAUCAUGCAAUACCCAGUCCGAUCACAGUCGCGACCAUACACGGGCUCUCAAGGGGAGCCCAUUCUCGACUUUCGAUUUAAACCAAAAGCAGGUGUCGUUCAAGUUGAUGUACCGAUAAACGCACAGUCUCAAUUCUACGAUCGCGAGAAAGGUGAAAGGUGGGGAGGAGUGGAACGACAGACUUUAAGUGGUGUUGUCAAUAAACCUGAGGGUUAUAUGAUUGGUAUAUUCCAGAAUGGCGAACUGCAUUUGACUCCUGUCGCUGGCAAUGCACAACUGCGCCCCAGUUUUUCAUACGUUGAUAAGGAUGCACAGACAGAAAAGGAUCUUGCACGUACAGUCAGACAGGAUCCUGCAAAGUCAAAAGAGAUUCGUGCUGUACAGAUGACGGUUAAAUCAGCAGACAAUCAAGCCCCCCGCUACAGCGGUGCACUAUCUGCACGCAAGAAUGCUGACGACGAGCCAUUCAAAUCUUUGCCAUGGUUCGACAAGGAUACGGAGGUGGCAUGGGAACUAGCUGAAAAGCUCAAGGCCGGCGAGCGCGGUGCUCUCGCUGCUCAUACCUCAAAAUCAGCCUACUCAGAUAUGUUGCGUGAUCACAUUUGACGGAACAUUACUGGCUUGGGUGUUGUUAUAUCUUUUAGUCUGUACGGUAAAGCAUGUAAAAUAGGUGGUUCAAAAUCUUUUUCCGAU